AUGGGGGGGAUCGUGCGGAUGCUUGCGGAGGGCCUGGACAUCCAACAGGAUGUUUGGGUGCCGCCCUCGAAUGGUCUCCAGUGCUCACGCACCGAUGGAAGCUGGGGCAUCACAGUGCCCGGGGAGCGUGGCCGCGAUGUGAAAUGGUUCGAUGCUGCGAUCAUCGCCCACAAUGGCAAGUGUGCCGAGCGACUCACCUCCUCGACCCCGGCCCAAGAGGUCCACGCGCUCCUACGUACUAACUUUGCCUGCUCCCUGCCGCGCCACCCUCGGCCCGGUAGCGGCCGGUUCACGCUCAACCAGAUCUAUUCCCUGCUCUUCGAGGUGCCCAGCGGGCUCAUGCCCAGCCACUUCGAAGCGGCUUUCGUGGAGGACGAGCCCAUCCUGCGAUGGCUGUCGUCGAACACGGCGAAGCUGCGCCAGGGAGGUAGCGGUGAGGUCUGGACAGCCCUGAGCUCGGCACCUUUCGGGAAGCAGCACAAAGCGCCCCAGGAGUUCCUGGAAGGGACGCCCAAAGAGGCCGAGGUCGUUGAUCUGAUGCUGGGCGCCGUGGAGCGUGCGGUGGGGCUAGCAAACGGGAGUCUGCGCGAGAACGUCCGUGCCACGAAGCUGCAGCUGUGGGGCGCCGCGCUUCCUAUCACGCGCUGGGCGAGCCGGGAUGAGGUGGACUUCGCCUGGUCGGCGAGCCACCGCAUUGGCAUCGCAGGUGACUGGCUCAGUGCAGUGCCAUCCAGGGCUUCCACCAUCGAGGCUGCGUGGCUGUCAGGCGUCCACAUCGCCGACCACAUCGCGACUUCGAGCGGAGAGGACGCAGGCCUCCAGCUUGGCCAGGACGGGGGUGUCUUCGUACCCGUCGAUGCAGAUUUCGGCACAGCAGCCGGCGAGGCUGUUUGGGUGACCGAGCCGUCGGAAGAGCCGAAGGGCACUUUCAAAGGCAAAGGUCGCAGCGGCAAGGGUUGGAAAGGCAAGGGCGGACGCGGUCGGGGACGGCCAGCCGCGCAGGCUAGCUGA